CGCGUGCCAGGUGGCCGGAAGUAAACAAUAACUUGAACAUGGAAGGAGCAUUAUGGAAAUGGACAAACUAUAUCCAUGGAUGGCAAGCAAGGUGGUUUGUGUUGGAUGAGGGGAUUCUGGCAUAUUACAAAUCUCAAGAUGAAGUGAAUCAGGGAUGUAAAGGAAGUAUCAUGAUGGCUGCCUGCGAAAUAAUUGUGCAUCCUACCGAUAGAAAACGACUCGAUCUUCAUGUUCCACAUGAACAACAUUUCUAUCUGAGAGCAGCAACAGCACAAGAGAGGCAGCAAUGGUUAAUUGGGCUUGGCAGUGCUAAGGCCUGUCUGACCGCAACAGUGCAGAAGCCAGAACUAGUAGGUGAGGGCCAGUCGGACACUGUAAAGUCUAAGAAAUCUGAACUUCGUCUAUACUGUGAUCUCCUUUCCCAGCAAGUACAUUCCAUAAAGGUUGCAUGCACGGAAUGCAAUCCACCAGACAUAGAGAAACUGGAUGAUGCCUCUUCGCUGCUGAAAGCCACUUGUGAUACAUUUAUUCGGACGCUCGAAGAGUGCAUGAAAAUUGCGAAUGCCUCCUACUCGUAUGAAACGCCGCACACGCACAUCACAGAUGUUGCAAGGGCUGAGUCACCAGUUAAAUCGUCACACAUCCAUCUGUACAAAAACAAUAAUAUGUUACCAUACACAAGAAAAAAUUCACUUGAUAAAUCCAGGCAUUCCCCAAGUGCAGGGACACCGUCCGGUUCUGAGUCGUCUUAUAAUGUUUUCAUUAGUGAGAUGGUACCACGUUGCAGGGGAAGAAGCCAGUCAGGAAGCCUUGACCAUAUAGUCACUGUGGCAUCAAGUGAAGUCACACGGCAAAAUAAAGAUGAAAAGUCUUCUGGCUUGCAAGAAUAUAAUCCACAGAAAGAAAGCACAGAGUCACAAGAAAAAAUUCUCAACUUCUUCAGCACCCAACCUGUUAGUUUUGUUCAUAUUGAACUUGAAGCAGGAGGAAUACCAACUCAGAAAUUUUUGGAUGCCUGCCAAUCUAUCAUAGCUAUUCUUGAUCUCCUGGGUUCUACUGCUUUUGCACCUGUAAAAAUGGAUGUUAAUUGGAACAUAAUGAAAGUGCACCAGAAGUUUUUAAUGUCGCCGCAAAAGUACAGUUCACUUCAGAAAAUUGUUCUCGAUGAAACGGAACAAAACGUCCACAACGUGGCCAACUCUGCUACUGAAGCUCUACGGUGGCUGAACAGAGGCACAGAAUUUAUCGUUAGGAUCCUGCAAGAAUUCCUGCAAGCAGAUACCGAGUUGUAUGAAUGUGUCCAGCAGGCCUACAAUGACACACUAAAGCAGUACCACAGCUGGGUUGUUCGUGGUGUGUUUGCAUUGGCUUUAAAAGCAGUGCCUUAUCGACGUGACUUUAUUAUCAAAUGCGAACGCCAGCCUGGAGAUCACCUCAGACCCAACUAUAACUCCCAGCUGGAGAAAGAUAUAAAGUCAUACGUCACAGCUCUGAGUGCAAUUGUUCACUUGUUGAGUUCGUUUUACACCAAACAUGGUCUUGACAAAUCAGAAGCUGUUAGUUAAACAAUUUUAUAUAAGAAAUAUAUACAUACAGAAAUUCGUACACAUGUAGUGGAUUGUUUAGGCAGUAUGUAUUAUAUUCAGUCCAUAAGAUCAUUUCAAGGAAUAUAAGUGUUCAAUGCAAGGAAUUGGUGAAAGUGCGAUCAUUAUAAUGUGAAUGUCAAAUAACAUUAUUUACACAAUGAUUUUGGAUGUUAUGAAUAAUGAUUUGGGCCAAAGAGAAACUGACCAACAAGGCACCUGAAAUUUUUAGAAGAGUUCUGCAGAGUCACUGUGAUAACAGAUCAUCCUUCAUUACAGUAUUGAUGUGUGAUUAAAGUUACUUCACUAUAUGCUGUCAUAGUAUGAUGAUGAUCCUACGUAUAUAUGUAGGUUCAUGGUAAUUGGUGUGACAUUGCACGUUUGGUCUGGAAUUUAGAUUUGUUCUGUAACACUACAUGUGACGUCCUUAUUGAUAUCAUCACCCUAAGCAGAUUAAACGUAGUUUCAUUAUGUGUUCUACAUACUUUCUAAGUCCUGAAGUUACACAAACCAGCUCUGCCAAAGUUGUAUAUCAAAUACGAUUUAUACAACAAACUGUGCCUUCCAACCAUCUAUACUGCAUCCCUUGAAAUUGUUGUAUGAAUGUUUUCCAUGUGUGGCGUGGUGUCUCACUCGUCUAGUAUAAAGAGAUCAAUCUUUCUUAGUUACUACGAAUGGAUCAGCAUUUUCUUAUACUGUUAAUGUACAAUAAGUAAUAUAUAUAUAUUAUAUAUAUAUAUAUACAUAAUUUUUAAGGUGGCAUGUAAUAUGUUUGAUACUUUCAUUGUUUUAUCAUACUUGCUAAGAAGAAAGUUAAGUAUUUUUUCUUAACGGGGGACUUACCAAGAAAGUGGAAAUAACUGCAGCUGUUUCGCCUCCCGCG